AUGUACCCUGAUUUGUAUAAGGGGUUGAACUUGAAGCCGGAAGACCUGUCGCCAUACGAUUCCCCUCUGGUCAGCUUUGAAGGAAAAAUCAUCAUCCCGAAAGGCAUGAUUAGGCUACCUAUGCAAACAGACUCAGACGUGGUAGAGAUGAACUUCAUUGUCGUAGAUGCAUACUCCCCCUACACAGCUACUGUGGCCCGGCCGUGGCUUCAUGCACUAGGGGCUGUGCCAUCAACCUUGCACCAAAAAGUGAAGUAUCCAUCAGGAGGUCAAGUCAAAGAAAUAAUAGGGAACCAAGGAAUGGCUAGACAAUGCAUGGUGUCGGCAAUCUCACGACGACCAAAUAGUGAACCUUCCACUUCAGCCGAGAACGGCUUAUAG